UUCUAAUCUCAUCAUCCCUGAAGAACAGCUUCAUGCACCUUAAUCAUGCCGAUUUCUGAAAGUGAUAUUGACCCGCUUGCCUUAGAAAUAGUAGAAGAAGUGACUCCAGAUAUAAGGAGCAAAUCUGGAGUAUGGGAAAAUGAAGACCUUGCUCAGGUAAAAUACAAGGUGUUAAGAGGCCAUCAUGCAGGCGUCAAUUCUGUUCAGUUCUGUAUGAAUGACACACACAUUGUCACUUCAUCAGAUGACAAGACAUGUGUGCUUUGGAGCAUGGAAACGGGUGAGAAAGUACAGGUGUUUGAGGAGCAUGGAUCAAUUGUUAGUGAAUGUCAUAUGAGUCCUGAUAAUACCAAGCUAGCAUCAGCGUGCUGGGAUAAACAAGUCAGGGUGUGGGAUGUGGAGACGGGCAAGAUAUUGUGGAAAGAAACUCAUGGUGGGAUUGUGACAUGCUGUCAGAUAUCACAUGAUGGCAAGUAUGUAGUCUCUGUCUCAGACCUGGAUAAUGUGGUUGCAGUCAGAUCUGUACAGGAUGGCAGUCUGGUCAGCAGCACCAAUGAUCUUCACAAGGGUACGAUCACAUGUUGUCGUUUCUCCCCUGAUGAUAACCGUCUCUGUACCACCUCUAUGGAUAAGACUAUCAAGCUGUGGGAUAGGAACAGCAAGAAAGUCACCCUCCACCUAGAUGGUCACAUCAAUGUGGUAUCAUGCUGUUGCUUCAGCCGCGAUGAGAGACAGCUCUGUACAGGUUCAUGGGACAAGCUCCUGCAGGUAUGGGAUAUCUCAACUGGCAUGUUUCGCUCAGAGGGUCCUAGGACAUUCAACAAAGGUCAUGAAGGGUCAGUUAGUACCUGCUGCUUCAGCCCAGAAGGUACCUUACUCUUCUCUGGGUCGUAUGAUUGCACAGUCGUUGUUUGGGAUGCUAAUAACGGUGGACCAAAACUCACUCUUAAGGGUCAUCAAGAUUGGGUUACAGGACUGGAUGUAUCGCAGGAUUCUAACUGGGUUUUAUCUAGCUCGCGUGAUAAAACAGUGAGAUUGUGGCACAUCGGUGAUAGCGACAGGAUACCAGUAGUGAUGGAGAACAAGAUGAACAUGGGACUCAAGAUAAUCAAGUGCGAUGAAUGUGGGAAGCCAUUUUCCAUCACCCAGCUAGAGAACGUACGAGAGACUCAUAUGUGUGUCUUCUGCCGGAUGCAAGCCAGUCGUCCACUACCUUCUUUUGAGGAUAUUGAGGAGUUUCCUUGAGAGAUCUCCUGACUGCGUUGGUCUGCCUAGUAUAACCUUGCAUUCCUUGAUUUCAGAGAACAGACUUAGAAAGGUGGAUGUCAAUUAUUUGAUAGUGGUGUGCUUACACCUUGGCCUAUUAAAGACGCACUGUCCUACUAAAACAAUGCAUAGUCGGUGAUCAUUGGUCCCCCAUGACCUCUUUUUCUUAUGUUAAUUGAGAACUGAGUUGAUGAGAUGGCCACCUGUCACUGACCACGCUGUGUGGUCUUACCCCUCCUGGUCAAACUAGUACAGCUGGCCUUUAAAGAUCUAGAGAGGCAUUAUGUUUUGGGGUUGUGCUUCUGUCAUACUUCCAUCUUGCUAUAUCUCACUAUAAAUGAUAUCUCAAGAACCGUUGAAUACACGAACCCUAAAAAUAAUACAUCACUAUAGAGAGAUGAAGGGAAUGCAUUGUAAAGGAAUAAGUUGAUAGAUCAUAGAAAUAAGAGAAACAUAGAUCUCAUGAUAUCUUAACAACUAUUGUCCGUUGGCAAGACAUUGAUCUACAUUUCUCACACUCAACCCAGGUGAUGUAAAUGGGAACCUGGCAGGAAUUAAUUCCUUGAAAUGC